GUUUGCAAACCGAUGCCACCAAUCCAUGACGACCAUAACUUAGUUGAUGUCGAUGGAAAGAAUUAUAUUUAUUUCAGAUAUUAUUUUGUUUUCGAGCAUUAUUCGUUCUGCGUUAAAUAUCAAGAUAAAAGAAUAUAAAAGGUUAACGAAGUUAACAAAAUCGUUCUAAAGUUAUUGAUUCCCUAGCGAUGGACAACAAUUCGAAUGAUGUCCGAAUUAUCAUGCCCGAGGAGUCAUGGUGUCCUCUAGGAUGCGAUUUGACGGCUCGGGAUGAGCAGUUUUUUGAAUUGGUGGAAACGUGCGACCUAUCGGGAGUCGAACAGUUUUUGGCCGACAAUCGAGUGAAUAUAAAUAUGCGAAAUUACCAAGGAAUCACACCGUUGCACUUGGCCAUAAAACAUGACUGCGAACCACUGGUUGAUUUAUUUUUACGUCAGAGAGGCGUCCAAAUAGGUGACUCGGUGUUGUUCGCCAUAACAAAUGACACCUUAGGACUGUUGGUGAAACUUUUGGACUACGAGGAGAACAGAACCGGCGGCAGCGACGUGGCAAGCGACCGUGUUGUCGAUGAGUCCGAAGAGUUCCCACCGUCGAUGAAGCCGUUGCUGUUGGCCGCGCUAUGCGGCCGAUACGAGACCGUCGACUUUUUGCUGAACCGCGGCCACAAGUUACAGCGGCCGCACCCACCGAAGUGCAUGUGUGAUGAGUGCUUAGCCAUGGACAACGUGGUGGCCGCGGGCACUGAGAAGCUCAACACGUACCGAGCACUCAGCAGCCCCACGUACCUGUGCCGCACGUCGGCCACCGACCCGAUCCUGGCGUGCUUUAAACUGCACGACGAACUGUUGGAGCGCGGGGCGUACGAACAGGUUUACGAGACCGCGUACACGUCACUGGCACUGCAGGUAAAACAGUUCGCGGUAAGCUUGAUUGUCAACUGCAGAACAUCCGAUGAGGUGAAGGUGUUACUGCGGAACCGGGACGGGUGCAAGUUCAGAGGCGCGUUCCCGUACCCGAGACUGAUCACGGCCAUGGACCACAAGCAGAAGGAGUUCGUGGGCCACAGCAGCAUUCAGCAGUUGCUCGAGUCCGUGUGGAUUGGCGACUGGAUCGAGUGGAAGUCGUACUCGACUUUGCGGAAGUGCGCGUACCCCGCGUGGCGGCUGCUCAUGCUGCCGUUGACGAUACUUCUGGCCGUCCUGGCACCGUCUACAAGCAUGAGCCGAGAUAGCCGGUUGCCCAUCAAGCGCAUGUUCGACAACCUGGCUAUGUACUGCGUGUUUCUGGCACUGCUGUUCGUGCAGUCAAACGCGGACAGGUUCGAAACGCGCCGCGGUAUGCCCAUCGACUCGGUGCCGUGGCUGCUCAUAGCGGUAUUUGUGAUUAGCCACGCGGUCGAAAAGAUCAAGCUGCGACUGCUGCAGGGCCCGCAACGGUUCUUUGGAAACCUGUGGAACGUGUUCGACACGGUAAAGCUGACGCUGUUCACCGUGGCGUACCUGGCGUGGGCCGUGGCUGGUCUCCAGGCGCGCUGGGUGGACGAUGACUUGGACCGCAAGUACUGGCACUGGGCCGACCCGCAGCUGGUGGCCGAAGGCCUGUUCGCCGUGGCCACGGUGAUGGCAUUCCUGCGGCUGCUGUUCCUGUGCCGGCUGAACUAUUACAUCGGCCCGAUGCAAGUAUCGUUGGGUAAGAUGCUGAAUGACUUCGGCAAGUUCGCGACGUUCCUGGCUAUCAUCAUGGUGGCGUUCACGUGCGGACUGGGCACGUUGUACAGCCCGUACAAGGACAUGGAGCGCAAGGACCCGGAGACGGGGCAGGUGACGCGUCAGGAGGACUCGUUCGUCACCGUGGCCGACACGUUCAAGACGUUGUUCUGGGGCAUAUUCUGCAUGACGCCGCUGGAGGCACCGAACGUGGUGGUCGGCAGCGCCAUAGCCGGCGGUGACGCGGACGUGGACGUGCAGAGUCACGAUUUCACGCAGCUAGUGGGCUACGGGCUAUUCGCCGCGUUCGAGGUGAUGAUGGUGAUCGUCAUGCUGAACAUGCUCAUCGCUAGCAUGUCGGACACGUUCCAGCGGGUGGCCGACAACUCCGAUUAUGAGUGGCUGUUUGGCCGCACCAAGGUGUACCUGGACUACAUGCUGCUGGACGAUCUGCCGCCACCGUUCAAUUUGUUGCCCACCGUAACCGGAGUGAUGCGCGUCAUGCGGCGUCUACUGUCCGUCUCGGCCGGUUUCGAAAAGUUUCGUGACCUGGCCGAUGAUGCGAACGACGAUGACGAUGGCCACCAUCAGGAAGAGUACCGCGUGCUCAUGGUGAAGCUUAUAAAACGCUACUUCAUCCGCAUGGCCCAGAUAAACCGAUCAGAUUAAUUUUUCUUCUUUCCAACUUUUCUGAUAUAACGUAUAUGUAAAAUGUUGUAACACA